CUCCAGGCUUAUCAAGGAGAUAAAUAUGAAUUUUCUCAAAAAGGAGCCUAGGAGUCUGGGCCCCAAACAUCACCAUGAACUCAAAUUCAUGGUAACCAUUACCCGUCAUCCUUCGGUGGCGCUCUUCUCUUCUUCCCACCAUUUUUCGUCGUCAUUUGCUCCGCCCCACCUUCAUCCGACGAGGAGGAGAGAGAAAAUUACGGCGGCGUAGGAAAAUGGCAACAAGAAAAGGGGAGAAGUUCUCGGCGGAUUGGAUAAUGGGAGGUUCGGCGGCAGUGGUGGCGAAGACGGCGGCAGCACCGAUUGAAAGGGUUAAAUUGCUGUUGCAAAAUCAGGGUGAAUUGUUGAAGAGAGGUCGUCUUCAUACUCCUUAUAUGGGUGUUUCUGAUUGCUUCAAAAGGGUUCUUCGAGAGGAGGGUGUUCUUGCUUUUUGGAGGGGAAAUCAAGCCAAUGUCAUUCGUUAUUUCCCUACUCAGGCUUUCAACUUUGCAUUCAGAGGGUACUUCAAGAGUCUUUUUGGACGUUCCAAGGAGAGAGAUGGCUACUUGAAAUGGUUUGCUGGAAAUGUGGCUUCUGGAAGUGCUGCUGGAGCAACAACUUCAGUCUUUCUCUAUCAUCUGGAUUAUGCACGUACACGACUUGCUACUGAUUCUCAGGGAGUUUCUAUGAAUGGACAACGACAAUUUAAAGGAUUGGUUGAUGUUUACCGCAAGACAUUGUCAACUGAUGGAAUUGGAGGGCUUUAUCGAGGAUUUGGGGUAUCAAUAUUUGGAAUUACACUUUAUCGGGGUUUGUACUUUGGGAUAUAUGACACUUUGAAGCCGCUUAUUUUGAUUGGGCCUCUUGAGGAUAAUUUCUUUGCUUGCUUUUUCUUGGGUUGGGGAGUGACAACUACAUCUGGUAUCUGUGCCUAUCCAUUUGACACCGUGCGACGGAGGAUGAUGCUUACAUCUGGGGAGUCUGUAAGGUAUUCUAAUGCAUUACAUGCAUUACGUGAGAUUAUUCAUCAUGAAGGGUUUUCUGCUCUUUUCCGGGGUGUUACUGCAAAUAUCCUUUUGGGUAUGGCAGGGGCUGGAGUGCUAGCAGGCUAUGAUAAGUUGCACCGUAUUGCUUAUGGACAUGGUUAUAGGUUCGAGCCUUACAAUAAGUUGUGAAAAUGAAGUUUAUAAUAUUCUUGCUUUUGUACAGCUUCAAACUUACUUAAUUGUAUCCCCAUUGAUUUUUCACAAAGGGAUUCAAAUCAUUCAGAAGGAAAAAUCACAGCCAAAAGUGUAGGAAUUAUAAGUCUCGUACUCAUUGAAUGUUCAUUAUUGAUGCCAUCAACAAAUGUUUGUUCAUAAUGGCAAUCCCAAUUGUAUCAACUGUAUAGUUUCACCAGAUCAUAUUAAUGUAACUGCUUCUCUUUUAUUCCUA